CCCCGCAGCUCCGGCCGCCGCCGCCGCCGCCUCGCUGGGCAGCGCGAAUGGUGAGAGGGCCGGCCCGCCCGCGCUUGCCCCGAACCGGCCCAGCCUCUAGGACUGAGUUUACCUUGGACGAAACCAUGUCAACGUGUGGCAUAGAAGACGAUAUUCCUCAGGGGGAGAGGAAAACGGUCACCGACUUCUGUUACCUGCUGGAUAAAUCUAAACAGCUUUUCAAUGGCUUAAGAGAUUUGCCCCAAUAUGGGCAGAAACAGUGGCAAUCUUACUUCGGCAGGACCUUUGAUGUUUACACCAAGCUCUGGAAGUUCCAGCAGCAGCAUCGACAAGUUCUGGACAAUCGGUAUGGCCUGAAGCGCUGGCAGAUUGGAGAAAUUGCUUCCAAGAUCGGGCAGCUUUAUUACCACUACUACCUUCGCACAUCUGAAACAAGCUAUCUGAAUGAAGCCUUCUCCUUCUACUCUGCAAUUCGGCAGAGGUCUUAUUAUUCGCAGGUCAACAAAGAAGACAGGCCUGAGCUGGUAGUUAAGAAAUUGCGUUACUAUGCCCGGUUCAUAGUGGUAUGCCUCUUACUCAACAAAAUGGCUGUGGUUAAGGAUCUUGUAAAGGAACUAUCAGAAGAGAUAGAAGAUUAUACACAUCGCUUUAAUACAGAAGAUCAAGUGGAGUGGAAUCUUGUUCUGCAAGAAGUGGCAGCUUUCAUUGAGGCAGACCCUGUGAUGGUCUUGAACGAUGACAACACCCUUGUGAUCCUCUCCAACCGCCUCUCCGAAACGGGAGCCCCCCUGCUGGAGCAAGGGAUGAUUGUGGGGCAGUUGACGCUCGCAGAUGCCCUCAUUAUUGGCAACUGCAACAAUCAGGUGAAGUUUAGUGAGCUGACAAUUGACAUGUUCCGGAUGCUGCAGGCUCUGGAGAGGGAGCCAAUGAAUCUCGCGACGCAGAUGAACAAGCCAGGGUUGCAGGAGACCACGGAAAAACCAGCCAGAAGAGAAAACCCUCACAAGUACUUGUUGUAUAAACCAACUUUCAGCCAGCUGUAUACCUUCCUAGCUGCAUCAUUUAAGGAGCUGCCUGCGAAUAGCGUCCUGUUGAUCUACUUGUCAGCCACGGGCGUCUUCCCUUCAGGUCGUUCGGAUAGUGAAGGUCCCUACGAUUUUGGGGGCGUCCUGACAAAUAGCAACCGGGAUGUCGUAAACGGGGACGCAACCCACAAACGGAACCAGUUGUACAAGGAAAUGCAUUGCCUGCACCCUGGUGAUCUCUACCCUUUCACCAGGAAGCCUCUGUUUGUCAUAGUGGACUCGUCGAACAGCGUCGCCUACAAGAAUUUCACCAACUUAUUUGGGCAGCCGCUGGUGUGUCUGCUUUCCCCAACAACAUAUCCAAAAGCCUUGCAAGAUCAGUCUCAACGAGGCAGCCUCUUCACCUUCUUUUUGAACAACCCUCUAAUGGCAUUCCUAUUUGUCUCUGGAUUAUCAAGCAUGCGUAAAGGAUUAUGGGACAAAUGUCACGAUUACCUUCGCAAAAUCAACCGGGAUAUUGCACAGCUGUUGACUCAUUCCCGUUCCAUAGACCAGGCCUUUCUCCAGUUUUUUGGAGAUGAAUUCCUGCGCUUGCUUCUCACACGGUUUGUUUUCUGCUCAGCCACCAUGAGGAUGCACAAAAUCUUUCGGCAGGAAACCAGGAAUUACCCUGAAUCCUAUCCCCAACUGCCCAGGGAUGAAACAGUGGAAAAUCCACACCUCCAGAAGCAUAUUUUGGAAUUGGCUUCUAUCCUAGAUGUCCGAAACGUGUUCCUGGAAACCACCCUCGAUGAUUAUUAACACGGAAGCAAACGGUCUGGAUGUCUUACUGCAGAGUUUUUGCCCUAGCUGCAGAUUUUUGAAAUUUUGCUGUUUUCUAAUGUGAACAUCCACAAAAGGAGUUUACUUGAGUUUUAUUUUUGAACUUACAGGUUUUUUUUUUCCUUUUAAAAGAGUAAAAUAGCUGUGGGCGCAGCUGUUCCAUUCA